AUGGCCGAUGUCCCAGCGGAGUGCAACAUAAAAGUGCUGUGUCGCUUUCGCCCUCUCAACCAGUCGGAGAUUUUACGCGGGGACCAGUUUCUCCCCAAAUUCCAAGGAGACGACACUGUCGUCGUCGGGGGGAGGUCCUAUGUCUUUGACCGAGUGUUUCCAACUAACACCACCCAGGAGCAAGUGUACAACACCUGUGCCAAGCAGAUUGUCAAAGAUGUGCUGUGUGGCUACAAUGGCACUAUCUUCGCAUAUGGACAGACCUCCUCCGGGAAGACUCAUACCAUGGAGGGCAAGCUCCAUGACCCUCACCAGAUGGGUAUAAUUCCACGCAUCGCUGAGGACAUUUUCAACCAUAUAUUUGCUAUGGAUGAAAACCUUGAGUUCCACAUCAAGGUUUCCUACUUUGAAAUCUACAUGGACAAAAUCCGUGAUCUGCUGGAUGUGACAAAGACCAACCUGUCUGUUCAUGAGGAUAAGAAUAGGGUGCCAUACGUCAAGGGAUGUACAGAACGUUUUGUCUCCAGCCCUGACGAGGUUAUGGAUGUGAUCGACGAGGGCAAAGCUAACCGUCAUGUCGCUGUGACCAACAUGAACGAGCACAGCUCUCGCAGCCACAGCAUCUUCCUGAUCAACAUCAAGCAGGAGCAUGUGGAGACUGAGCAGAAGCUGUGUGGAAAACUCUACCUGGUGGAUCUGGCUGGCAGUGAGAAGGUCAGUAAGACCGGAGCCGCUGGAGCUGUUCUGGAUGAGGCUAAAAACAUCAACAAGUCUCUUUCAGCUCUGGGAAAUGUCAUCUCUGCCUUGGCUGAGGGCACGAAAACUCAUGUGCCGUAUCGUGACAGCAAAAUGACCCGCAUCCUGCAGGACUCUCUCGGUGGGAACUGUCGCACCACCAUGUUCAUCUGCUGCUCUCCCUCCAGCUACAACGAUGCCGAGACCAAGUCGACUCUGAUGUUUGGUCAACGUGCCAAGACCAUCAGGAACACUGCCUCCAUCAACCUGGAGCUGACGGCGGAGCAGUGGAAGAGGAAGUUCGAGAAGGAGAAGGAGAAGAACAAGACCCUGAAGGACACCAUCCAGAAGCUGGAGACCGAGCUCAACCGCUGGAGAAAUGGAGAGAACGUGCCUGAGACUGAGAGGACUACUUCGGACAUGGUGACCCGUUUCGAGUCUGUGGAGGAGCGCCCCAUUUUGGAUAACGACACCUCCUCCAUUGUGGUCCGCAUUUCCGAGGAGGAGCGUCAGAAGUACGAGGAGGAGAUCCGCAAGCUGUACAAGCAGCUGGAUGACAAGGAUGAUGAGAUCAACCUGCAGUGCCAGUUGGUGGAGAAACUGAAGCAGCAGAUGCUGGACCAGGAUGAGCUUCUGGCCUCAUCCCGUGGCGACGGGGACAAGGUCCAGGCUGAACUUGGCAGGCUGCAGGUGGAGAGCGACUGCGCCAAAGCUGAGGUGAAGGAGGUGCUGCAGGCUCUGGAGGAGCUGGCCAUCAACUAUGACCAGAAGAGCCAGGAGGUGGAGGAGAAAGGGCUGCAGAACCAGCUGCUGGCCGACCAGCUCGCCCAGAAAAUGGCCAGUCUGAUGGAGCUGGAGGCAGAGCUGUCCCGUAUGCAGGAAGUGAGCGGUCAGCAGAGGAAGCGUAUCGCUGACGUGCUCAAUGGUCUGAUGAGGGAUCUCAGCGAGUUCAGCACCAUCGUGGGCAAUGGGGAGAUCAAGCUGCCGGUGGAGAUCAGCGGUGCGAUCGAGGAGGAGUUCACUGUGGCUCGCCUCUACAUCAGCAAGAUCAAGUCAGAGGUGAAGAGCAUGGUGAAGCGCUGCCGGCAGCUGGAGAACAUGCAGCUGGAGUGCCACCGCAAGAUGGAGGAGACUGGGAGGGAGCUCUCCUCCUGCCAGCUCCUCAUUUCUCAGCACGAAGCUAAGAUCCGCUCUCUGACGGAUUACAUGCAGAGCAUGGAGCAGAAGAAGAGGCUGUUGGAGGAGAGCCACGACUCCCUGAGCGAAGAGCUGGCCAAGCUGCAAGACCAGGAUAACUCCCAGCUUGAGGAGAAGGAUGGAGAGAAGGGUGAGACUGAGGAUGGAAAUGUGAAGAAGGCUGUUCGUCAGCAGGGAGAGUCUCACCGCGGCCUCCAUCACAAGCAGCUGGCCCGCCUGCGGGAUGAGAUCAAUGAGAAGCAGAGGAUCAUUGAUGAACUCACUGAUCGUAACUCCAAGUUGGAGCUGGAGCUGGCUCAGGUUCGUGCUGACUUUGAACAUCUGAAGAGUCAGGACAGCACCAAGAGCGAGCGCCUGGAGGAGCUCUCAUUCCUGCACGAACGUCAUGAGCAGACUAAACAGGACUUGAAGGGUCUGGAGGAGACUGUCGCCCGCGAACUCCAGACCCUCCACAACCUGCGCAAGCUGUUCGUUCAAGACCUCACGUCGCGGGUUAAAAAAAGUUCCGAAAUGGAGCCUGAUGAUAGCGGGGGGUCUAAAACCCAGAAGCAGAAGAUUUCCUUUCUUGAGAAUAACCUGGACCAACUUACAAAGGUUCACAAACAGCUGGUUCGUGACAAUGCAGAUCUGCGUUGUGAGCUUCCAAAGCUGGAGAAACGUCUUCGGUCUACUGCUGAGAGAGUUAAGGCCCUGGAGACUGCACUGAGGGACGCCAAGGAGGGCGCCAUGAUGGACCGCCGCCGCUAUCAGCAGGAGGUCGACCGCAUCAAGGAUGCCAUGAGGGCAAAGAAUGCCAUGCGGCGCCCCCAUGCAGCACAGAUUGCAAAGCCAGUGAGACCAAAGCAGCUUCCAGUUUGCUCUCCCACAAACCCAUUCUAUGCUUACAUCCGUGCCACUGAACACGGCAACGCCUACAGCAACGCUCUCUUCCAGAACAACAUGACACAGCAUAACUCCGCCAGCGUCAACUGCAACCCCAACUCUGUCCAAAGCAACACAGUUUCCACAGCACUGGGCUACAGAGCAGGCAGAUAUAAUGGAGACAUAUUGGAGUCCUACCCUCUCAACAUUGACAACGGUAACAGCAUCAGUGAAACGAGAGACAUCAAUGACAACAGGAGUGAUGUUCACUGUGGGAGCGAGGUGGAUGAUUCAAAUAGGCACUACAUCAUUCAGCAAGAGACGGCUGCAAGCUAAUUCCAUGAUGAUGACCAAGUACUGUACCCGUCCAAGGACCCUCUCCUCCCAUCUGCAUGCAGCCUGUCUCCCCUGUCCCUCCACUGCAUCACUGAUGAAGGUG